AUGGUUCGACAGGAAGAGGGAGAGGGACCUGACUCUCGCGAUGACAGCAGGAAAAGUUAUUCAGGGGAACCAGACCCCGAGACACCCAAACCAGUGAGACGACACCACUGUUCUCAGUGUGAAAAGAGUUUUGCCAAGUUAGGGAGCCUGAAAAAACACGAGAGGACACACACAGGAGAAAAGCCUCACCACUGCACCCAGUGUGGAAAGACUUUUACCUGGUUAGGGAGCCUGAAAACGCAUGAGAGGGCACACACAGGAGAAAAGCCAUUCCAAUGUUCCCACUGUGGAAAGAGUUUUACCCAGGUAGGAGCCCUAAAUAAGCACAAGAGGACACACACAGGAGAGAAGCCCUUCCAAUGCUCUCUGUGUGGAAAGAGUUUUACUAAGUUAGGGGGUCUGUAUAGGCAUGACAGGGCACACACAGAAGGGGAUAAGACUUACCACUGCUCCCUGUGUGGAAAGAUAUUUAACCGGUUAAGGCAUCUGAAUAAGCAUGAAAGGAUACAUACACAGGAGGAGAAGACAUACCACUGCUCUCAUUAUGAAAAUAAAUGUUCCCGGUUAGAGGACCUGAAAUCACAUGAGAGAAUAGAAAGGCUGUAUUCAGACUUAUGUUUUUGA